CCUUUGCCUUUGUAGUCCCCGCAUCCACUUACGUACGCACGUCUCCAUGUCUUCUACUUGCGCAACCCCCCCUCUGUAUCUAUUCUCAAAAACUCUGCAGUACUGGUUUCCCUUUACAUGUUGUUCUCACACUCUCUUGGUCGCCUGUUCUUGCAACUUCUCAUCUCUCUUCAUCUCUUCACUCUUCGCUCAUCCGCACCCCCUUCCCUACUUGUUCUUUGUUUCCUCCAAAUCUGUACCUGCAUCCUUAAGAUUCUGUUUGAGCCCCCUUUUUUCUUCCCCGCCACUGGCGCGAAAAUAAAUUGCUCCAGUCUUUUGGACCCCCAAACCCAAUGUGUUCCCUACAGUGAGUGAGUGAAGUGAGUGAGUGAAGUGAGUAAGUGGACUUGAAGAUUCCUGAUGCAUGCUACUACUGCAUGCAUGAUGGGGUGAUGUAGACUGGGGGGAAAUGAUACAUUAUGAGA